AGUUGUAAAUGUAAUAUUUGGUCUGAACUAUGGAAGGUUUGUUUUAACAAAUUAAGUAUAUGACCACAUCCUCAUAGCCAAUUGAAGCAGUUCCAGUUAGUGUGGUCGACAAACAGCAGGGAAGAAAGGUGAGAUUUUCAACGUGUAAUUGCGUUCAACUUAGUCUCAAUUUUCUCCUAAGCCCAAGGAGCAAAUGUUGCAUGGGGUGCUUUCUGACAGCAUCGGGAGAGGAAAGUAAAUAUUGUGAACAUACCGUGUGUGGGAGUUGGAAGAGAAAGCUGGAGAAAUUCGGAGGGGCCAGCUGCUCGUUUUCUCCGGAUUAGAGCUCUCCUCCCAUAUUGAUCACCAAGAAGCUCCUGUUGAUCUCCGGCCCACCCUCCACAAGUCAGUCGUCAUCACAAAUCUGCCACACCGUCCAACUAAUUCCCAUCGGAUGGGGAUUAAAUAAAAACGCUACCAAGGAAUACAACAUAUAAUUCGACGGGAAAGGACGCCACGAUGGGCUCAGAAGAAGAUCCUCGGGACUAUGACACUGCACAGAAGCAUUUCAAAAUUGGAUUUGUUAUUGCAGGUGUUUCAGGAACAUUAAUGUGGAUCCUCAUGUUCUUUUGGGUGUUUUACUACAAUGGUGGCUUGACUUGGGGCACAAAUGUAAAGUCGGAAAUAAAUCUUCACAUCGUUCUCAUGAUAUUCUUUGUCAUCUAUCUGCAAGGACAUGGGUCUCUCAUGUUCCGAUUAUUUCCAACCAAACCAAAAAUACAAGUGAAAUUGCUUCAUGCAGGGAUUCACUUUGCUACGGUUCUGGCAAUGAUUAUUGGACUAUGGAGCGCAAUUCGACAUCAUGGAUUGAAUAAUGAUCCGAACUUCUACACCCUGCAUAGUUGGUUUGGGCUCACGGCAAUUAUCCUCUAUUAUGGACAGUUCUUGGCUGGAUUCACCAUCUUCCUCCUUCCAUGGGCUUCAUUGAGGGUCCGGACGAUGAUAAUUCCCUACCACAAAAUGAUGGGUCCUCUUAUAUUCAUUUCAUCCACGGUGGCAGCUGCAACUGGAUUAAUGAUGAAAGCAUUGGGAACAGUGGGAAAAAGGUACUCUGGCCUUCCAUCGGAUGCUAUGGUCCUCAACUUUGUUGCAAUCUUUCUGCUGAUAUUCGCUUGCACUGUGAUCACACUGGUCUAUGACUUUCGUUUCCGGAGGCGACCACGACCAGAGGGAGAGAUGCUAUUAUCCGAAUCCGAAAGAGAACAGUGAAUGGACAACAUAAAAGCGAUUCUUUUUCCAAAACGUCGACCUAUUUCACUAUUAGCUGGUUGAUUUUAAUUAAGUAGAUUUCAAUUACGUGGAUAUUGUUAGCAAUUGCGAACGCAAUGAUAUCAAAACAAUGACUUUGUAUAUUUUUUUAUAAUUUAAAUUGUCAGAAAUUGUUGAUUUCAUUUUCCGAUAGAUUUUCAUCUAGUCAUUGAUAUUCUUCAUUUGAUCAUAUCAGGUGCUAUUUAAGACUUAUGAUAAUUACAAAGUUACCCUAUAAUUAUACUAAAAAUAAGUGAAUAUACAUACAUGUAACAAUCGAUAACUGACGUGAUUUAAAGAAAUCUAACAAAAAUUUAUGUAAUUUAAAAGUAAAUGUGCAUAUUUAUUUAAUUAAAUUUAAAGUGACGCGAUAUUUUUUUGCAAUAUGUAUUUAUAACUCGCACACGUAGUAAAUUAGAAUUCACUGCAUGAUGUCUAUAGAAUUUAUAAACAUUCUACGUAAGGUAAUAUAACUUGCUUGGAAAUAAAUGUUAUUUGACCAUCCGAUA